AUGUACAUUCCUAAACAUUUUGAGUCCAUGGAACUCUCAAGGUACAAAUUAUCAAAAAAACCCCCGCUAGGAACACUAUUCUCCUCUAAGGCUAGCAGGCAAGGUUUCUUCGGAUGGAGAACUUCUUCCAAUAAAGAUGACCCCGAUUUUGGUAUGUGCGCAUCACAUAUUCCAUUUGUAUUCGUGGAGUUCGAUAAUGGAGAGCAUAAACUUAUUGCACAUUUAGCACGGAAGAAUAAACAUGUGGAAAUGCUGGAAAGAGUUCAAAAAUGCUUAGUGGUAUUUCAGAGCGUCGAUUCAUACAUUUCUCCGGCGUGGUUCCCAAUGAAGAAAAAGACCCAUAAGUUCGUACCAACAUGGGAUUUUGCCGCUGUGCACGUUUACGGUACACCAAGGAUUAUCCGCGACGAUAAAGACUGGCUUAUUAAUAUGUUAUCAACUUUGACUGACCAAGAAGAAGAGAAAAGACCUGAGGGGGAAAAUGUACGAAGUAAAGUGGAGCGUUUCUGA